GCCCGCUUCAGCGCUAGUGUGGAGAGCUUCGACAACAUCUACUUGGACCUGUCCAAGCAACCAGGAAAAUGCAAGCUGGCAGAAAGCGGUCUGGGCUGGCGGCCGUCCGGCGGAGGCGACACCUUCACCCUGGACAGCAGCAACCUCGGCGCAGCCCAAUGGAGUCGAGCGGCGAAAGGGUUUGAACUGAAGAUCCUGUCGCGGUCGUCAGGAGUGAUUCAGCUGGACGGAUUUGACCAAGAGGACUUUGAGCGCCUGAGCAAGGCCUUCAAGAUCUGGUACGGCAUCAACAUCGAAAACCGCGAACACGCCCUCCGAGGGUGGAACUGGGGGAAGGCGGAAUUUACCAAAGCAGAGCUGGCCUUUAACGUGCAGAACCGACCGGCCUUUGAAGUUCCCUACUCCGAGAUCUCCAAUACCAACCUGGCGGGCAAGAAUGAGGUGGCUGUGGAGUUUGCGCUCUCCGCCACUGAUGGGAACGGAGCCAAUGGACAGCCGGCGGGCAGCACCAAGAACCGGGGCCGAAAGGCAGCCGCGGGCCCGGACGAGUUGGUCGAGAUGCGAUUCUACAUUCCCGGAACAGCUGUGAAGAAGGAGAAGACAGAAGGUGCCGAAGGCGAAGAGGAGGAGAAUGAGGAAGAAGUUGAGGAGCAGAAUGCAGCCAACCUCUUCUACGAGACACUCAUGGACAAGGCGGAGAUUGGAGACGUUGCAGGAGACACUUUUGCCACCUUCUUGGAUGUGCUUCAUCUCACUCCCCGUGGUCGCUUCGAUAUCGACAUGUACGAGUCGUCCUUCCGGCUACGCGGCAAGACUUAUGACUACAAGAUCCAAUACUCUUCGCUCAAGAAGUUCUUCCUGCUCCCCAAGAACGAUGAUACCCACACGCUCAUCGUGCUGGGCUUGGACCCUCCUCUCCGUCAGGGACAGACCCGUUAUCCUUUCUUGGUGAUGCAACUGAAACUGGAUGAAGAGAUCAGCCUGGAGCUGAAUAUGACAAAUGAGCUAUUGGAAACCCAGUACAAGGAUAAGCUGCAACCACGCUACGAAGAGCCGAUUCACCAGGUGGUUACCAAGAUCUUCCGCGGGUUGUCCGGGAAGAAGGUGAUUAUGCCGUCCAAGGAUUUCACCAGCCACCACGGCCACCAUGGAGUCAAGUGUUCCAUCAAGGCCAACGAAGGGUCUCUGUACUUCCUGGACAAGAGUCUCAUCUUUGUUCCCAAGCCCGCUACCUACGUCCAACUGGAAAAUAUUGCCGUGGUGACGAUGUCGCGGGUGGGCGGUGCGGUCUCGGCCAGCCGGACCUUUGAUAUCACAGUUAGUUUGAAGGCCGGAUUGGGCGAACACCAGUUCAGCAACAUCAACCGGGAGGAACAACAGUCCCUGGAGGACUUCUUCAAAGCCAAGAGCAUCCGCCUGAAGAAUGAGAUGACCGAGGAUACUUCGGGUCUCAUUGCCGCGGCUCUGGACAACGACGACAUGGAAUCCAGUGGAGACGAGGGUGCCCGAGCUGACCGUGGCUCAGCGGAUGAAGAUGACGAGUCGCCAGAUGAGGACUUUGAUGCUUCUUCGGACUCGGAUGUGGCGGAGGAGUUUGACUCGGCGCAUGACACCAGUGGCGAUGAGGACAGCGAUGUAGAGAUGGAGGAUGGGUCGGAUGAAGAGGCUGACCGACCGAAAAAGAAGAGCAAGACGGGGUGA